UGCACAUUUGGUAGAGCAGUCCGGAGGAGCGUCACACUCCGGGUGCAUACAACUGUCAACUUAUUCAAAAGCAGUGGAAAGCGGCUAAGGCAAGACUGUCAAUAGUGUCAAUGAUGUGUUAUUAAUUCAGACUAUAACCUCAAAUUACUAAAUACAAACUCUGCAUUGCAAAUAUUACAAAAAAAUGACUAUAGAAAAUUUGGACAAUGACCAAAUUAUAUUGGCUACAGGUGGAUACGAUCAUACAAUAAAACUGUGGCAGACACAUAGUGGAAUAUGCAACAGGACUGUGCAACAUGCCGAUUCGCAAGUAAACGACUUGGAAAUAACUCCAGACAGACACCUUCUCGCAGCUGCAAGCUACCAACAUAUCUACAUGUAUGAUUUAACUUCAAACAAUCCUAAUGCUAUAGUGAACUAUGAAGGCACUUCCAAGAAUGUAACCAGUGUAGGCUUCCAACAAGAUGGCAAAUGGAUGUACUCAGGAGGUGAGGAUUGCAGAGCACGCAUAUGGGAUUUAAGGUCCAGGAAUAAUCAAUGUCCUAAAAUAUUUGAAGUACAGUCUGCCAUUAACUGCACCUGUUUACAUCCAAAUCAAGUAGAAUUAUUUGUGGGUGAUCAGAAUGGUAUUAUCUACAGAUGGGAUCUCAGGACUGAUAAUAAUGAGCAGUUGAUUCCAGAAAAUGAUGCAAUGAUCCUUGAUAUCGACAUUUCUCCAGAUAGUAAUUUAAUGGCCUCAGUGAAUAACAAAGGAAGAUGUUACAUUUGGAGUUUAGAAACUGGGCUUGGAGAUAUUGCUACAAAACUUACUCCCAGACAUAAGUUUGAGGCCCACAAAAGACAUGCAUUGAAGUGUAAAUUCAGUCCAGAUUCCAGAUUGCUAGUCACCACAUCGGCUGAUCAGACAGCAAGGAUUUGGUGUUCAGAAACAUUUAUAUUGUUACAAGAGCUGAAACAGGAAAAUCAAAGAUGGGUUUGGGAUGCAGCUUUUAGUGGUGAUGGACAGUAUGUUUUUACAGCAUCCUCAGAUGGCUAUGCAAAACUGUGGAAUGUGAAAACUGGAGCAAUGGAAAGAGACUAUGCAAGUCAUCAGAAAGCAGUAGUUGCAUUAGCAUUUAAAGAUGUUCCGUAGCUAUUUUACUAUUUGUAAGCGUUAUGAAAAAAUAAAUUAGUAAAAAGUCGUAGUCGAUUAAGUGGCACAUUUUCAGCCAGACAAAACCUGAGCUCGCUCCCAGAAGCACUGAUGCAGACUCCCUCUUCAAUUGUCAUAAGGGGAUUCUUUCACAAAAGCACCGAUGCUUCAGACGGCACCCCCUUCUCUUCAAUCGAAUAAAAUAAAAAUAUGAUGAGUAAGGAGACACUUCAAUAUUGAGAUUAUUAUUAAAAAAUUGCUGUGCUAUGAAAUCGUCAGUUUAUUAUUCGUUGUCACGUUUUCACGGAAUCCUUGUGUGAUGUUUUUUUUUUCAGAUUUAUGAUACUACAAAAAGACAAUAGUUAUUAUGUAAGUUUAUUUUAUAAUGUUUCGAAUAUCAUAAAAGUCAUAAAUAUUUGUUCCUAUAGUAUCACAUGUACACAGUUAGACAAAAUAACUGUAAAAAUAACAAACAAUGACACAGUUUUAACAAAAUAUAAAAAAGAAAACAAAAUAAAUAAAAAAUAAAAUACAAAAAAAUACUUCUCAACAAGUUUAAAAUUUCAAGUUGGCUACGUGAAUGCAGAACAUUUAUAAGCAGCCUUUAAUUAUGAACACUUAUUAUUCAAAAAAUAAAAUAUCUGCAUUAACUUUGAGAAAAUCUUAGUUGAAAUAAAGCAAGUAGCAAGCGAUCAAGCUACUUAUAUGCCAAUCAUUAAUAACUAUAAUUUUGUAUGAAUGUAUGUUUUAUAUUAUAAUUGUAUUUGAAGAAUAAAAUAAAAUUCUGAAACAA